CCAUAUGAGGGAAAGACUUUGCAUCUUGUAAAUGUGUUCAAUUUUUGCAGUCUUUGGUCAAAUCCAAGGAGCCCUCCUACGUUUAACAGAAACUCCUAAGUCUUAGAUACAAAGAGAGUUAAAAGAAAGAACAAGAGAGAGAAACAGAAAAAAAAAAACAAAAAGGAGAGAAAGAGAAAGAGACAUUCUUUCUUCCUUUCUUUAUUAACAAUAAACUUAAAGCUCUGUUCUUUCUCACACCAGUUCAAAAGAAAAACCUUGGGUUUUUUUUUUCCUUGCAAGGAGCAAUCUUUUUGUUGUCUAUCUGCAUCGAAAAUCAGCUAUACAAAGUAUAUUUUGGAAUACACAUAAGAGGAAAGGUCUUGAUCUGAAGACCGAUGGUACGUGUGGGUACCAUUUGUAACUGAAUCAAGAUAGAAAGUUGUUUCUUUUUUAUGUUCUGUGUUGGUGAUGAGCACAAUUGGGCUGUGAAGAUUAUUUAUUGGAUCCUAUGAUAAGGUCUCGCAAUGGUGUCGUUGAACAUGGAGAGGAAAUGGGUAUUUCCGCUUGUGAUAAGUUCUCUCAUAUGCAUGUUCCUUCUUGUCACUUCCUUCAAUAUGGGGCUUGUUUCUUCAGUUUACAGAAUCAAUUCACUCUUCUCCAUUUUCCCGGCUCAUAUUUCAAUGAAUCAAAGAAAGCCAGGCUAUGCUGAAUCGAAGAUUAAUCAAGGUGCACUGCCGCCUCCUCCUGGUCCAACAAUACCGCGUUUUGCUUAUUUGGUUUCUGGAUCAAAAGGUGAUCUGGAAAAGCUUUGGAGAACUCUUCAUGCACUGUAUCAUCCAAGGAACCAAUAUGUGGUCCAUUUGGACCUUGAGGCACCUGCAGAUGAAAGAUUGGCGCUUGCUUCUCGAAUAAAAAACCAUACAAUUUUCUCCAAAGUUGGGAAUGUUUAUAUGAUCACCAAAGCUAAUAUGGUUACUUAUAGAGGACCCACCAUGGUUGCUAAUACUCUCCAUGCUUGUGCCAUUCUUCUCAAGAGAAGUAAAGAUUGGGAUUGGUUUAUCAAUCUCAGUGCGUCAGAUUAUCCUCUUGUGACUCAAGAUGAUCUUCUUUAUGCAUUUUCGGCUUUAAAUCGGAACCUUAAUUUUAUUGAGCAUACAAGCCAGCUUGGUUGGAAAGCGGAUAAAAGAGCAAUGCCUUUGAUUAUAGAUCCUGGGCUCUACAUGUCAACCAAGUCUGAUGUAUUUUUGGCCACUCCAAGAAGAACAUUACCUACAGCAUUUAAAUUAUUUACUGGUUCAGCAUGGACUGUGUUGUCACAUUCAUUUGUAGAGUUCUGUGUUUGGGGUUGGGAUAAUCUACCAAGAACUCUACUCAUGUACUACACAAACUUUGUCUCCUCCCCUGAAGGUUACUUUCAAACUGUCAUAUGCAAUGUUCCAGAGUUCACUAACACUGUUGUCAAUCAUGAUUUGCAUUAUAUUUCAUGGGACACACCCCCUAAACAGCACCCACACACCCUUACCCUUAAUGACACAGACAAGAUGAUUAGGAGUAAUGCUGCUUUUGCACGGAAGUUCAAACAAGAUGAUCCUGUCUUGGAUACGAUUGAUAAGGAUUUGCUUGGUCGGGCAAGCAGGAGCUUCACCCCAGGUGCUUGGUGCUCUGGCAAACCAAAAUGUUCGGAAGUUGGGGACUUCAACAAGAUCAAACCAGGUCCAGGAGCUCAAAGGCUUCGCCAACUCAUAGCUGCAUUAGCUAUAAAGGCUAAUCUUGGUCAAGAUCAGUGUAAAUAGGUUUCAUGAUGGGGAAGUUUAAUCGAUGAGGCAGACCACAGCUGAGAAAAUUGUAUCUAAUAGAAGAAUUUCAAUAAUGGCAUUGCUCAUCAGGCCUAAUCUCGGUUAUAAUUGAAUGCGAAUCUUAGUUGUGCUGCAACCAUAGGAACUCAGAAUUAUAGCCAUGUUCAGGAUCAAAAAUCAAUCUCAACACCCUACUUUUGUUAGGUUCUAAUUUUACAAAAACCUACAUACAUCCCUCUCUCAGAAUUGUUAUUCAAUAUUUUUCUUCCAUAGCAAUAAUUUUGAUAUAUCUUGGAAACUCUUGAUGUUGAAGUUUCUUCCAAUUAUUGGUCA